AUGGCUUAUGCACAACCACAAAAAGAGACAAAAACAAUUCCCCUCAAAGUUGUGGUGAACACAUACAGCAAAAAAGUUGUAUUUGUGGAAGCAACUAAGGACUUUGUUGACACUCUCUUCAGCUUCCUAUCUCUACCACCUGGUACCAUUGUCCGCCUUUUAGCCACCACCAACAACAACAAUGACCAACAACAACUCCCAGAAUCAUCACCAUUCCUUGAAAACAUCAAAAACCUCUACCAAAGCGUUCAAAACAUAACCUCAAAUGAUGUUUGGAACAACCCUGCAUGCAAACAAAUAUUGUUGCGUCCUAGGAAUCCGUGUGAAUCAAUGUGCAAUGAGUUGUUCUUGAAUAUUGAUGAUACUGAAUCAACAAGUAAGUUUUAUGUGUGUUCUUUUUGUGACAAGUUCACUACUUUUGAAAACCUUAAUUGCACCUGCGGAAACCCUCCUGAUAGACAGCCUAGGAAAUUGGAUUCUGAUGGUCAGGGGAAUAAUGAACAAAAUGGGAUCUUCGUUAGAGAAAGUGGACCAAUGUUUUUGGUGUCUGAUGAUUUGAAGAUUGUGCCAAGUUCCUUGCUGACCUCCACAAAAAUGGUGAUAGAAGCAAAGAUUCCAAACUUGAUUCAGCUAAAGGAAGUCACAUGCAACAUUGGCGAACAGGAGAUAUUGAACUUCCUGAAGUAUGCCUUAACCUCUCAUGAGCCUCUGACAAAUACAAUUUUGGCAAGAAGCUCAAGGAACAAAUGUAACUCACCUAACAAAUCUGCAUCAACAGUUGGAUUAAUGCAUUUCAUAGGUGACAGCAGAAGUAAAAUGGAUAUUAAGGUAUUGCAAAGUAUUUCUCAGAAAAAGAUAAUCAUUGCAGAAGCCGGUGGAGAUUUUGUUGACUUCAUUUUUAGCUUCCUUACCAUGCCAUUAGGGUCAAUUGUAAAGCUUUUGGGAGCUAACUCUUUUGCUGGAUGUGUUGGUAAUUUGUACGAGAGUGUAAAGAACUUGGACCCUACUUCUGUGUUACUGAAUCCUGGUAUAGCACCACAGUUUAGUUGUCCAAACCAGCCCCUCAACAUUCCUCAUGCAAUCCCGCCAUGCAAUGUAUAUUAUUACGGUACAGAAACGCGAAAGCGGAUGAGGGAUCAUCAUUAUAAUAAUACAGAAAAAGAAAAGAUACAGGAAGUGAUUUCUAGGUCAUGUGAAUCAGUUUUUUAUCGAAGAAACGUGACUGCACUGGACCCAAAAGUAGGUACUGUGGGAUUUGUAAAGAGAGCAACAUUAUAUGGUGUAGGAGAUGAUCUAAAAGUAACACCACUUGCUGCUAAUUCCGUCGUUUCGUAUUUGAAGGAGUACGCUUCCUCUUUAUGA